CACACGGCCUGCUCCAACUGUAGCCUACGUGCGGUGGUGAGCGCAAUCUUGCCCACCUACCCUACAGUUAUAGAUCUAUAGGUUUGGUUUCUGCUGCUUUGCCGGCAAGGAGGACAUACUCUUAGUACAUGCGGGGGAACUACGGUCGCAGUCCCCCCGCACAUCGUAACAUGGCAGCAGCUAGCAGACGAUUGUCAUUUCGAACCCUGUUGGGGGUUGCUCUUUUGUUUGGGCUGACCCUCACCAUCCUAGCGGCUGUGGCUGUGCAGUCGGAGCCGGCGAUUCCGUUUGACGGAUAUGGGCACGUGAUACUUCGGCAGGGAACCCUCGAGGCAGCUCUCAAGGUGGAAGUUUACCUUGACCUGGCAUGCUCGGACUGCGCCCUAGCUUGGCCGGUAAUGAACCGCGUCGCCGAGGCCUACGGCGACCGGACGGAGUUCUUGUACCGCCUCUUCCCGCUGCCGUACCACAACAACGCCUUCAAAGCCGCAAAGGCGGCUAAGACCAUCCAACUCUACUCCAGAGGCAGCGAAGACGCUUCGGUCGCAUCGUUUUUCACGGAAGUCUUCAUUGGGCAGGAUGAGAUCUCGAACGACUCCACCGAACUCAUGACACAGCCUCAGAUCGAGGACAUUUUGGAGUCUUGGGCCACCUCCUCCUCGGGCAUGAGCGCCGACAACUUCCACAUGGGCAUGGCCGACGCCGAGGUCGAGAUCCAAACGCGAAAUCAGUUCAAGUACGGCUGCCUUCAUGGUGUGGACGGCACCCCGCAGGUGUAUAUAGGAGGCAUUUUGGCGAGUGGGUUGGACGGGGAUGCCACGUUCCAAGACUGGCAGGACAUCCUCGACCCUCUUCUCAGUAGAACGUCGUCGGCAGUACCAUGGUUCAAGGGGUGGGCUGCUCAAAACGCCGAGUGAACAGCAUUCUGCAUAUGUACAUUGGAGGCAUUUUGGCGAGUGGGUUGGACGGGGAUGCCACGUUCAAAGACUGGCAGGACUUCCCCGACUCUCUUCUCAGUAGAACGUCGUCGGCAGUACCAUGGUUCAAGGGGUGGGCUGCUCAAAAUGCCGAGUGAACAGCACUCCGCAGGUGUAUAUACGAGGCGUUUUGGCGAGUGGGUUGGGCGGGGGUGCCACGUUCAAAGACUGCCAGGACUUCCCCGGCCCUCUUCUCAGUAGAACGUCUUCCCAGUGUGGUUCAAGGGGUGGGGCUGCUCACAACAUUGAGUGAACAACGCAGCCACAUGCGUACACGCCUGCCGCACGGUUUCCACGGGAAAACCGCCGCAGGCAAGAUCGCGCGGUUUUCAUCGAGGUUAGACGUGGCAUCACGCUCACGGAGUGUUGUAUUUUGCAUGAAAAUUUCCACUGUAUUCCAGCAGCGUGUGUGUACGCGUCGUAUGAAACAAUCAAAGUCGUGUACUUGUACGCAAAACAAAAAAAACACGAAAAAAGCGCCCAUGGGUAGUCAGACGCCGACUCCUACGCACUCCGGCGUCUUCGCUGCUGAAUCUACGAGAAAAAACAAAUCUCUACCGUUAGGGUACCUUGCUUAGACCGAGGCCGACGAAUGCACAAAAGAUGUAGGCGACAGUCAACGAAAGGAACCGACAGCAGGUGAACAAAAACCGACCCUUUCUUACAGCCGCGGCGAACCAUUACGAGCGCUGCUGCUUGAUCUAAUAUACACAUUUCACGUCUAGUCGGGCCACCGGCUUCACAACCUUAACUUUAAAAGCGCCAACAACAGUCUUUGCUGCAACCCUCUUCAAACACAGACCUCUCUACGCCUCUUCCCGUAACCACAUAGCAAACAUGCACCCCGUAAAACGACAACCCCUGAACCAAACACAGCAACGCCCGCUCCACUACUUCCCAGGUGACGACUGUGUCGAGAACACCCGCCUCCAGUCGGAAGGCGGCUUAGGUCAGGAAACUUUCUUCCUGCUUCUACACGCCUCAAAACGACAACAUUUUCCUUUACAAGGGUGCCCCGAACAUUCUCUUCUCUU